UCGUGUCCGAUGUAGUCAGGACUGUGUGAGACAGACAGAGCAGAUGAUUGGAGCAGCGACGGCGGUUUAGAGACGGCUAUGGGGGAGAUUGGACGUGUUUAGGACGAUGAGGCUGAAGAGGAUGCCGCUCAUUGAAGCUCAGCCUCGGCAGACGUGACUUGAUUAGGUCCGCUGAAGUGAGCAGGAAAAGCGGCUCUAGGAGAUGAACGUGCCCGGGAAACGGGAUACCCAACGUAUCGAGCGACCCGCUGGUCUUUUCCUUCCCACUUCGUUGAAAUCUGGAAUCGCUUUGCUAUACAAUGAGGACACCAACAAUUCCUAUGACGUCUGCCUGAAACUGACUAAAGAGGUAUUAACCAUACAGACGCUGGAUGUGGUUUGCACAAGAGGAAGCAAAUCCCAAGUAAAUCACAGAACUGUAUUACUCCGAAGACAAGAAACAGGCGGUCUGGGCUUGAGCAUCAAAGGGGGUGCCGAGAAUAACGUGCCUGUGGUUAUUUCCAAGAUUUUUAAAGAUCAAGUGGCCGAUCAGACAGGGAAGUUGUUCGUCGGUGAUGCUGUGUUGCAGGUCAACGGCAUAAAUGUUGAGCAUUGUACUCAUGACCAAGUCGUUCACCUCUUACGCACCGCCGGAGAUGAAGUCAUCAUUACUGUACGCUAUCUGCGAGAAGUUCCGUCAUUUCUUAAACUGCCUCUAGGUUCGCCUGGCCCACCUGGUGAUCACAGAGUUGAAUCCUCCUCCCUUUUCGACUGCAGCUCACAUUUCAAUGGUGGCACAGAUUCAUCACUUCCGUCACCCUCCGCUAAUGAACCAAAGUAUGAGAAGCGUUGGCUGGAUGCCACUUCCUUGCCCUUGUUGAUGGCCAGAGUCUCCAGAUACAAAGCUGGCACGGAUAAAUUAAGGUCGAACUGUUUUGAAGUCUUUGCCUUGAAUGGAGCCAGUCCAAAUAUUCUUCAAUUUUGCAGUGCAGCAGAAACUGCAGACUGGCUCCAAGCAAUAUCAACAAAGAUUAGUAACUUGACCCUGGAGAAUAUUAAGCUGGCUAACAAGUACAGUUCUUCAGAUGAUCAGAUUAUUCAUAUGGGCUGGGCUUGUGAAAGCUCAGUUGGCAGAGCUGCUUCUCAAAAAGCAACUUUCAAAUUCCUGGCUCUAAGAGGACAAUAUUUUCAUAUCUUCAGGAGACCACCGCUAUGUGCUGCUGAAUGGGGUCAGGCAGAAACUACAUAUAACCUCUAUGAGGUUCUUUUCAAGGUUCACAAGCUGUGGAUGACAGAGGACUGUUGGCUUCAGGCAAGGCUCUACCUCGGUCUGGAGCAUUCACUUGAGCAGCAGGACAAUGAGUCUCUUUGCUUCAGCAUUCUCAUCGGGCAUGGACAGAGCCACACCUUCAGAGUAGAGCUGGCGUCUGACCUGGCUGUCUGGGAAAAGUCUUUUCAAAGAGCUGUCUUCUUGGAAGUGCAGCGAAUAAGAGCAAAAAGCUACAUGUGCUGCAACAACGGGAACACACUGUGCUUCACCAUAGAUUUUGAUUCAGGCCUGACGUGUUUGGAUUGCUCCUCUAAUAUGAUACUAUGGCGAUAUAAAUUCUCUCAGCUUAAAGGCUCCUCUGAUGACGGAAAAACCAGGGUAAAACUUCUUUUCAAGAAUGCUGAAAGCAAGCAAAUAGACAUGCAGGAACUAGAGUUUGCCAAUUUAACUGCGGUCCUCCACUGUAUACACUCUUUUAUUGCAGCCAAAGUGGCAUCCAUGGACCCUCACUUCACAUGCAAUCAAAGCUUUAGUGUAAAUUAUACAAACAUAUGAAAGAAUAUGACUGAAUCAUUGUUGUUGGUACAUAAUAUCAGUGGAUAUUUUUCUUAUGAUUGCUAUUUUUCAUCUGUGUAGCGGUAAAGGUGCAGUGUUCAAAACGCUCCAUUUUGGUCACCAUUAUGUGCUUCUGUUUCUUUAUUUCUGGUAUACGUUAUGAACAUAAAGUUGACUGCCAAUCCAUGAUGUCGUAUAAUGUGUUUGCAAUGAUUACAAUGAUUACAGCUUGACUCAACCAUGUCAAAUGUAAUUAGAAAUGUAGAAAAAGAAAUUGAGAUACUGUCCUAUGUUGGCUUUGUCGAAGUAUCGUUAGUUUGCUUCAUUUUUUUUGUAUCAAAUAAAGUCAUAACAUUUGACAAUCUUCACAUUUUACUGGAAUUUGGCAUUUCACAUGUAAUUAGAUCUAAUAAACCACUUGUGUUAACAUGUAUUCCAAUGCAAUGAAAACAAAUCGUGUCUAAUUUCAAUGUUGCAAAUGCGUCUUUCUUGUAUUUUCAUUAACAUGUUUAUUAAAAAAUCAUCGGAACGUAUGUUUAGCGCUUUUCAAAAUCAGUUUGAAGAAUAGCUAUGUUAGCUUAUUUAAAGGCCACUUAUUAUACUAUUUCAACCCAAGUUAAAAGUUCAUCAUCUAAAGUUGCUAUGUGCAAGUACUUUGCCAAAACCUCAAGGAUUUAAAAUUAACGCAACUUUUCUGCUGUCUUGACAGCGCUUUUUGCAAAACGACUCCGCGACCCUCGUGAGGAGAAAGCGGCAUGGAAAAUGAAUGAAUGAAUGACUUGUUUUCUGAUGCUACUAGUCCAAUUCAUGAGGCAAAAGAUUGGCAUACCAAGCUAAACAUCAUAUCUUGGCAUUGCCCCAUCAACUUGGUAAUUUAUCACCUUUUACCCACUAAAACAAAGCUUAUAUCAAAGAAAGUAGAUGUCUGUUUUGGUACAACCCUUGCCCCAAGUAUAACUUUGUUGGCAAAGCCUCCUGUUCCCCUUGUAGAUAAAAUAUCUCACAUAGGCUCUAUGACAGAGCCUACGAGUAAAGGUGGAAACACAACAUAGUAGGGUCGUGAGACUUUUUGGAGACUCACUACCAAAGCCAACGCCUGAGGGCUUUAGCCCGCCACACAGCAGGAAGGCAGGACCUUUAAGUUGGGGGUGGGUGCUCUAUCUUUCUGAAGUAGAAAAGUUACGGAGGUAUGAAACCGCUCGUGUUAACCUCUUAAUAAACUUUUUAACAAAAUUAGUGGACCAGAUUCUUCAUGUUUUUUUUGUUUGUUUGUUUGCUUGUUCUGGGGGGUCCUAAAAGCUUCCGUUCAUGAACUGUGCCAUAUUUUUAAGUUAAAUAGGACGAAAAAAGAAAAUAUGGGAGAAAAAGAUGCUGUAUGGAUUUGUUUUUCUAUAC